UAUACUUGUCCUGUGAAAUCUCAUGACAAUGGCAUCUUGUUCAUGUUGCCAAGUCAAGAAAGAAUCGUACAAGUUAAAACUAUUUCUGGUAUAACAAAUUGAGGGCCAUGUUUGGCCAUUUAAAAACUAGUUUUUCUAAAAUGUAAUAAGGGCAUGAAAACUUAGGAUUUGUACUUAACAAAGGAGCUUUGCAUGGAUUUUAUUUCAUAAUCUCAAAUAGCAAUAGUAGUCGAGGUUCUGCAUAUCUUUAUUUCAUAACUGCUGCCUGCUCCUCGCUCUUUUGUUUCAUUGCCUGGCGUUACAUCAAAAUCUGAUUGGAAUAUCUUGUCCAAUGUAUAUACUUAUCCUAUGGAAAUCUGAAGGGGGAAUCUCUUGAUAUAGGAUGUUGAAUUCUUACAGUUAAAAGGAGUUAAAGACAGGAUUUGGCUGUAGCAGAAUUAAUCAAAUUAUGCUUUAUACGAACUUUCACUAUUGACUGCUAUUUAAACGAAUUUAUGCGUACUUCUGUAGGCAUUUUUUGGCCAUUUACAGCAGCAGAUCUUUGAUUUAAUAACCUGAUGAUUUUGGCUCCUUGGUCAGGUUCGGAUAGAGAGCUAGCUGUUCUAAGAUAUUCAUGCGUUUUAGAAUUUCUUUUACUUCUAUGGAAGGCCAUUUCCUUCCUUAACUGGCCAUAAAUUUCCCUUAACCAUCCAUUGGAUAUAUACUUAAUACUUGGCUGUAGAUCUUAAGAUGUUGGAUAUUCACAUAGAAAAUCUGGGAUAUUUAAUACCAGGAUCAUGUCCUGAACCCCAUAUAAACAAAUAUCAGCCCAUCUGCAAUAUUGUGCAUGGAAAACAAUGGCCAAUUACAGGUCCCUGCUGUUUCUUGACAUUUCCUUAAUCCUCAUGCUUGGCAUAAGCCUAUCAUCCAUAGCCACUAACAAAGAUAGAAAGGCUUACAUUGUUUAUAUGGGAUCGCUUCCUGAGGGGGAAUAUUUACUAACUUCUAACCAUCAUAGUAUACUUCAACAAGUUAUCAAGGACAGUUCUGUGGCGGAUUCCUUGAUCAGAAGUUACAAAAGGAGUUUCAAUGGAUUUGCUGCCAAGCUCACUGAUGAGGAGGCAAAAGAACUGGCCAGCAUGAAAGAAGUAGUCUCCAUUUUUCCUAACCGAAUUCUCCACCUUCAUACAACAAGAUCUUGGGAUUUUAUCGGUUUUAAUAAUACAGUUAGACACAAUCCUACCAUUGAGAGCAAUGUCAUUAUUGGUGUCAUUGACAGUGGAAUCUGGCCUGAGUCACCAAGCUUCAGUGAUGAAGGUUUUGGUCCAGCUCCUAAAAAAUGGAAGGGUGCUUGCAGAGGUGGCAGAAAUUUCACUUGUAACAACAAGAUUAUUGGCGCUCGGUUUUACCAGUCACCAUCAUCUUCAAAAGGGUCUGCAAGAGACGAGGUAGGUCAUGGAAGCCAUACUGCAUCUACAGCGGCCGGGAACGAGGUAAAGGAUGUUAGUUUCUUUGGACUUGCACAAGGUACUGCAAGAGGAGGGGUUCCCUCUGCAAGGAUUGCUGCAUAUAAGGUUUGUGGUCCAGAUGGCGGGUGUGCAUCAGUGGACAUCUUGGCAGCUUUUGAUGAUGCUAUUGCUGAUGGAGUUGAUAUUUUAACAGUGUCACUUGGAGCAAGUGAUUCGUUUGACUUUUUCAAUGACGUCAUAGCCAUCGGUUCUUUUCAUGCGAUGGAGAAAGGAAUACUUACCCUAAAUUCUGCAGGCAAUGAUGGUGCAGCAGGAGUACUUGGGGUGUCAAGUGUAGCACCAUGGAUGCUUGCUGUAGCAGCAAGUACCACAGAUCGCAAAUUCUUUAACAAGGUUGUUCUCGGGAAUGGAAAGACCUUAACUGGGUUUUCAGUUAAUUCCUUCACUUCCAAGGGAAAAAAGCUGCCUAUAGUAUAUGGACGUGAUGUUUCAAGAAACUGCUCUGAACUUUCUGCUGGGUUGUGUCUUGAAUCAUGUGUAGACAGUCAUCUAGUGAAAGGAAAGAUUACAAUGUGUGAUCAAUUUGUAGGCAAUUUUGUAGCUGCUAAUGCCGGUGCUGGAGGGUCAAUUGUGCUAAAUGACCAAUAUGAUAAUGUUUCUUUUGUUACGCCAUUACCUGCAGUUGCUUUAAACGUUAGAAACUAUAUUUUGGUCAAGUCCUACGUGAAUUCCACAAAGAAUCCUGUAGCAGAAAUAUUGAGUAGUGAAACCAUUAUAGAUUUGUAUUCUCCGGUGGUUGCUCAAUUCUCUUCACUUGGGCCAAAUUUUAUUGUGCCAGAUAUUCUCAAGCCAGAUAUAACUGCCCCAGGAGUCGACAUCUUAGCAGCAUAUUCACCAAUUGCUCUGCCCAGUGAGACACCUGGAGACAAAAGGCAACUCAAAUAUAAUGUAUUGUCUGGAACCUCAAUGUCUUGCCCUCAUGUCGCUGGUGUAGCCGCAUAUGUCAAAACAUUUCACUCCGAUUGGUCUCCUACAGCCAUCAAAUCUGCUCUCAUGACUACUGCUUGGCCAAUGGAUAGAUCCAAAAACCCAAGUGGUGAAAUUUCGUAUGGAUCUGGGCAUGUCAACCCGGUAAAAGCUAUUCAUCCUGGACUUGUAUAUGAAGCUUUCAAGGAAGAUUACAUAAAACUGAUGUGCAGCUUGGGAUACAGCCCAGAUAAUAUUAAACAAGUUUCAGGAGACAACAGCUCUUGCCCCAAAAGUUCUGAAAAUGUACCCCCUAGGGAUCUGAAUUAUCCUUCACUGACAGCCUCAGUUCUAGCUAACGAUUCUUUCACAGUUAGUUUUCAUAGAACAGUAAAAAAUGUUGGGCUUCCAAACUCCACUUACAAGGCAAAGGUCUCUCGAAACCCAAAACUGGAAGUUAAAGUGCUGCCUGAGGUUUUAUCCUUCAAGGCAUUGAAGGAGAAGAAAUCUUUUACUGUGACUGUUAAUGGUGGAGGUUUAAGAAAGGAGUCUAUGCUGUCUACAACAUUAAUCUGGUCGGAUGGAACUCAUAUUGUGAGGAGUCCAAUUGUUGUACAUACAUAUCCUAGUAUUAGAUCCAAUGUUCGAUACUUUGAUUAGAUUUCUUGUGGGCUUGUCAUCAUGUCAGUCUUCAAUGCAUUGUAAU